GUCCUUGUUGCGGCGUCCUUCGCCAGAUUCACGUCGAAAAAACCUAACCUCAAAACAGUGUGCGUGUGUGUGUAUGUUGAUUGUUAUAUAUUUUAAGCGAAAAAAAAAUAAUAAUUCGGAGUGCAAGUAAAAUUCACUCAUUUUGUUCGGAAUUAAGAAGAAAAUAAUAAAAUGAAAGCAAUGGCACAUCAUUACGUUGUAACGGCACAUAAACCAACAGCAGUCAAUGCUUGUGUUACAGGUAAUUUUACAUCACCCACGGAUUUGAAUUUAAUACUUGCAAAAAAUAUGCGUCUCGAGAUUUAUCUCGUAACGCCCGAAGGAUUGAGACCAUUGAAAGAAGUCGGUAUUUAUGGAAAGAUUGCAGUUGUCAAAUUUUUCAGACCACCGCACGAGAAAAAGGAUCUUCUUUUUUUGUUGACAACACGAUAUAACGCAAUGAUUCUCGAAUGUAUUGGCGAAGGUGAGGAUAUUGAAAUAAUAACAAAAGCCCAUGGCAAUGUUGCCGAUAGAAUUGGUAAAGCAUCAGAAACGGGAAUAAAAGCAAUAAUUGAUCCAAAAGCACGCGUUAUUGGCCUUCGUCUUUACGAUGGUUUAUUUAAAAUAAUUCCCUUAGAUAAAGAUAAUCCCGAAUUAAAAGCAUCAUCAAUAAGAAUGGACGAGCAUCAAGUGCAGGAUAUUAAUUUUCUUCACGGUUGUGCAAAUCCAACAUUAAUAUUAAUACAUCAGGAUAUUAAUGGUCGUCAUGUGAAGACACAUGAAAUUUCUUUACGUGAUAAAGAAUUUGUUAAAAUUCCCUGGCGACAGGAUAAUGUUGAGAGGGAAGCAAUGAUGGUAAUUCCAGUUCCAUCGCCAAUUUGUGGGGCAAUUAUAAUUGGACAGGAGAGUAUUUUAUAUCACGAUGGUUCAACGUACGUUGCUGUUGUACCGCCAAUUAUAAAACAAAGUACAAUAACGUGUUAUGCAAAAAUUGAUCAACAGGGUUUACGUUAUCUUCUUGGCGAUAUGGCGGGACAUUUAUUUAUGUUAUUUCUUGAACAGGAGACAAAAUCCGAUGGUACAAUGAUUAUUAAAGAUUUAAAAGUUGAAUUACUUGGUGAAGUUAGUAUACCUGAGUGUAUAACUUAUUUGGAUAAUGGAGUUAUAUUUAUUGGUAGUCGUUUUGGUGAUUCACAACUUAUUAAAUUGAUAACAAAAGCUGAUGAAAAUGGUUCUUAUUGCGUGCCAAUGGAAUCGUUUACAAAUCUUGCGCCAAUUGUUGAUAUGGCGGUUGUUGAUCUUGAACGACAGGGACAAGGACAAAUGGUAACGUGUUCGGGUGCAUUUAAAGAGGGUUCAUUGAGAAUUAUUAGAAAUGGAAUUGGAAUACAGGAGCAUGCGAGUAUUGAUUUACCGGGAAUUAAAGGAAUGUGGGCACUUAAAGUGAAUGGUGGUAAUUUUGAUAAUACAUUGGUGUUAUCAUUUGUGGGACAGACGAGAAUUUUAAUGCUUAAUGGAGAAGAGGUUGAGGAGACUGAUAUUCCUGGUUUUGUAGCCGAUGAACAAACAUUUCACACUGGUAAUAUAACAAAUGAUAUUAUUGUUCAAAUAACGCCCACUUCGGUUAGAUUAAUUUCAAAUGAAAAUAAACCUGUUAUUUCUGAAUGGCAGCCAAAUAAUAAGAGAACAAUUAGUGUUGUUGCUUGUAAUGGUAGUCAGGUACUUUGUGCAACGGGAAAUGAUUUAUUUUAUCUUGAAAUAAUAACAGGUGAAAUUGUUUCUAAGGGAUUUAUAACAUUGCAACAUGAGGUAGCUUGUUUGGAUUUAUCACCGUUGGAUGGUAAUUCAGAGGCGCAAAUUGCUGCCGUUGGUUUAUGGACGGAUAUUUCAGUUAGAAUUCUCACAUUACCGUCGCUUGAGGAAAUAAAUAAGGAACUAUUGGGUGGGGAAAUAAUACCGAGAUCAAUUUUAAUGACAUGCUUUGAGGGAAGUACUUAUUUGCUUUGUGCAUUGGGCGAUGGGAGUAUGUAUUAUUUUUCUUUGCAUAAGGAAAAUGGAAUUUUGACUGAUAGAAAGAAAGUAACACUUGGAACACAGCCAACGGUUUUAAGAACAUUUAAAAGUCUUUCAACGACAAAUGUCUUUGCAUGCUCGGAUCGUCCAACUGUUAUUUAUUCAUCGAAUCAUAAACUUGUCUUUAGUAAUGUCAAUCUUAAGGAAGUGAAUCAUAUGUGUUCGUUGAAUGCCGAAUCAUAUCCUGAUAGUUUGGCGCUAGCGACUGAUAGUACGGUGACAAUUGGAACAAUUGAUGAGAUACAAAAAUUGCAUAUUCGAACUGUACCAUUGGGAGAGUCACCAAGACGAAUUGCUUAUCAGGAGAGUACACAGUCGUUUGGCGUUGUUACAAUGAGAGUUGACUUACAAGAGAGUACGGGAAUUAGUGUUGUAAGACCAUCGGCAUCGACACAAGCAACAUCGACAUCGAGUAGUAGUCAUGUGGCAUCGCACAAUAAACCAGGUUAUACGUCCAAUGAAAUUGGACAGGAAAUUGAGGUUCACAAUUUACUUAUCAUUGAUCAACAUACAUUUGAAGUGUUGCAUGCGCAUACACUUAUGCCUACGGAAUAUGCAAUGUCAUUAAUAUCGACGAAACUUGGUGAGGAUCCAACGUCGUAUUUCAUUGUUGGAACUGCACUUGUUAAUCCCGAUGAAACGGAACCCAAAAUGGGAAGAAUUUUAUUGUAUCAAUGGUGUGAAGGUAAAUUGAAUCAAGUUGCUGAGAAGGAAAUAAAAGGGGCAUGUUAUUCGCUUGUUGAAUUUAAUGGUAAACUUUUAGCGAGUAUUAAUAGUACAGUGAGAUUAUUUGAAUGGACAGCUGAAAAAGAAUUGAGGCUUGAAUGUAGUCAUUUUAAUAAUAUUAUCGCUCUAUUUUUAAAAACAAAAAGUGAUUUUGUACUUGUUGGUGAUCUUAUGAGAUCACUUACACUUCUUCAAUAUAAAACAAUGGAAGGUAGCUUUGAAGAAAUUGCACGUGACUACAAUCCAAAUUGGAUGACUGCCGUUGAAAUUCUCGACGAUGAUACUUUUCUUGGUGCUGAAAAUUGUUUCAAUCUCUUUGUUUGCCAAAAGGACAGUGCCGCAACGUCCGAGGAGGAGAGACAACAAAUGCAAGAAGUUGGACAAUUUCAUCUUGGCGAUAUGGUGAAUGUAUUUAGACAUGGAUCACUUGUUAUGCAACAUUUAGGUGAAUCGAGUACACCAACGCAAGGUUGCGUUCUAUUUGGAACAAUUAGCGGUGCAAUUGGACUUGUCACACAAAUUCCAGCUGGAUUCUAUGAAUUUUUAAGAAAUAUGGAAGAUCGUUUGACAUCGGUUAUUAAAAGUGUUGGUAAAAUUGAACACAGUUUUUGGAGAAGUUUCAAUACAGAUUUAAAAAUUGAACAAUGCGAGGGAUUUAUUGAUGGCGAUUUAGUUGAAAGUUUUCUUGAUCUCAAUCAUGAUAAAAUGUCCGAAGUCGCUUUGGGAUUAAUGAUUGACGACGGCAGUGGAAUGAAAAAAGAAGCGACUGUUGAUGACUUGGUUAAAAUUGUCGAAGACUUGACAAGGAUACACUGAAUCAUUUAAAUAUUAAAAAGGAAAAAAAAAAUUCUUUCGUGAUUUGGAGAUUUUUAUUUUUCUGUGCAAAAAUAAUAAUGCAAAUUGAUGGAGAUGUAUCAUUUCAGGCUCUUUCAAACUUUAGAGAACUCAUUUGUAAAAAAAAAAAAAAAGGAAACGCACUAUUUUUUUUUCUACAAAUAAUAUUUCAAAACCAUAAAGUUCAAGGUUUGUGAAAGUAAUGGGAGGAUUUAUUAAUAUUAUUAUUAUUAUUAUUAAGCGAAAAUAUAAUUAGUAUAUAUAUAUAUAUAUUGAAAAGUGAAAAUUCUUUUCAGAUAUGUAAUACACCUGCGUAAUUGGUGUUUAAUUAGUUUAUUAUUUGUUUAUUGUUUUCUUUUUCUUAGAGAGAGAAAUGUACAGGUUUGUAAAUUAUACAUUUUUAAAAAGAA